AUGGUGGAUGCAUCACCAGAGUUUACUCUAGAUGACCUUGGCAAUGCCGCACGUAAUGGUGAUAUUUCAUUCUUCGAGUCUCUCUCCAGAAAAAUACUUUCUAAAGUUAUCAAACUCAACGAUAGAUGUGGCGCUUCUGUCCCCCACCUUGCCGCUGCCAAUGGUCACUGUCAGGUGCUGAAAAUUCUACUAGAUGCUGAUCAUGGAAAGACUAUGAUCCAUGAUAAAGACAAUGAGGGUUAUGGUAUCCUUCAUUUCGCUGUUUUUAGUGGCAAUCUUGAUGUUGCUCGUUUUCUCAUUGACAAUGGAGUUGAUAUCAACAUGGUAAAUGAUCUUGGUGAAACUGCUCUUAUCCUUGCUGCUACAGGAGCUGAUACAGAACUUGCUAAAUUGUUGGUUGUUCAUGGUGAUGCAAACGUCAAUGCCAAGGACGAGUAUGGGUGCACGGCAAUGCAUCAUGCAGCUAACACAGGAAACUUAGAGUUGUGUAAAUUCUUGAUCCAAUAUGGAGCUGAUAUCGAUGCCGUUGACCAAUCUGAGUUUAGUCCUCUGAUGACUGCUGCCCUAGCAAACCAUGAAGAGGUUGCACUUUAUCUAACCAGAAGUGGAGCAAUUUGGGCGGGAUUAGAUGAAGCUGAGGAAGACUAUAUGACGGUUCUGGAGCGUUGUUCAGAGGAAGUUGGAGACGCAAUUCUUGAAACUUUAAAAGAGAUGGGUAUGAUUGUUGAUCAUGUGAGACGAGCUUCUACGUCAUUGGGGUGA